CAAACACCCGGCAUCAGCACACUCGACUUCCCCACAGCCCCACGAACUCCUCUCGUUCAGUUUCUCAGUAUACUGUCGCGUGGAGAGAGCCUUUCUUCACGGUUUCCCAGUCUUCUAUCGGUCGAAGAGACAGAUAAGAAGGCGAGGAACUGUUCGCGGAAUGCGGCCUCGGCAACAAAAGUAAAAAUUAUUGCGGAUUCCUUUGCCGAUGGACCCGAUCGAGUGCUCACCCUAACUUUCAACAAAAUUCGAGAAAACGCGUGUGUUCCCAACCGACGGAUCUACCGAUCUCUGCAGAAGAAAGUGGACCGACGUUAAAACAAAGAGGGUCACCUAACAUAGUUAAAAAUGACGCGAGGAAGACACAAGAGGAUGUUGCUGUUAGUUGUAAUCUCCUUGGUGGUUGUAAUUGCGGAUCCAGAGCCUUCGGAUGAACUUUAUACUCGAUACCUAAAAUUUCCUGACGAAGACAAGUGUUACGAUGAUACAGGAAAACCGCAGAGGUGCAUACCGCCUUUCGAGAAUGCAGCUUUCAAUGUGCCCAUGGAAGCGACGAACACGUGCGGUCAGGACCGACCGACAGAAUUUUGUAAACAGACGGGCGUCCAAAAGAAGUCCUGCGAGAUAUGUCGAUUUGGCGACCAUCCGGCCACAUUCCUUACCGAUCACGAUAAUAACGACAACGCGACCUGGUGGCAGUCGGAAACAAUGUUCGAGGGAAUCGAAUAUCCGAACCAAGUUAAUCUCACUCUUCACUUAGGCAAGACGUUCGAUAUAACGUACGUCCGAGUGCUCUUCGAGUCGCCACGUCCAGAGAGUUGGGGCAUCUACAAGAGGCAAAACGAGGAUUCACCAUGGGAGGCUUAUCAGUUUUAUUCCGCGAGUUGCAGAGAUAAUUAUGCCUUACCAGAUUCGAAGGAGACAGUGAAAGGGGACGACACCAGGGUUCUGUGUACUUCGGAAUAUUCCGAUAUAUCACCCUUGACAAAGGGCGCUGUAGCCUUCUCUACUCUGGAAGGUCGACCUUCGGCUUACUACUUCGAAACAAACACGGCCUUGCAGGAUUGGGUCCAAGCGAUAGAUUUAAGGAUCACUCUGGAUAGGCUGAACACGUUUGGGGACGAGGUGUUUGGCGAUGAUCAGGUAUUGAAAUCCUACUACUAUGCGAUCGCUGACGUCGCCGUUGGAGCACGUUGCGCUUGCAACGGCCACGCUGGAGAAUGUGUAAAUAGCACAAGUGUAGAUGGAAGAACUCGCAGAGUAUGUAGAUGCGAGCAUAAUACCGCGGGUCCAGAUUGCAACGAGUGCUUGCCAUUCUACAAUGAUGCCCCGUGGGGUCGUGCUACAACUACAAACGCCCACGAGUGCAAACCCUGCAACUGCAACGGGUAUUCGGAGAGAUGCUACUUCGAUAAGGAACUGUAUAAGGCGACUGGCCACGGUGGUCAUUGCCUGGAUUGUCGAGCUAAUCGUGACGGCGCGAAUUGUGAACGUUGCCGGGAGAACUUUUAUCAGCGUCCUGAAGACAGCUACUGCGUCGCUUGUAACUGCAACGAAAUCGGUUCUAGAAGCUUACAAUGUAACAGUGAAGGUAGAUGCCAGUGUAAACCUGGCGUCACUGGUGACAAAUGUGACCGUUGCGCGUCGAAUUACUAUAACUUUGGCUCGUACGGCUGCACUUCCUGCGAAUGUGACAUAGCUGGCUCCCUGGCAAAUACACAGAGCUGCGACCCUGUCACUGGAACUUGCAUCUGUAAAGAGAACGUCGAAGGGAAGCGAUGUCGAGUAUGUCGACCAGGAUAUUUCAAUCUCGCGAUGGACAACGAGUUUGGUUGCACGCCUUGCUUCUGUUACGGGCACUCCUCAGUAUGUAGACCAGCGACUGGAUAUUCUAGAGUUCUAAUCGAGAGUAUGUUCGUGAGAGGAGCCGAACAAUGGACAGCUACAGUGGCUGGUAACCCGAUACCACUCCAUUAUGAUCCUCUUACCCAAACGAUAUCUGCCACGGCACUGGACCGAGACAACGUUUAUUUCGUUGCACCUGAUAGGUUCCUUGGCGAUCAACGAGCAUCCUACAGCCAAGACUUAUCGUUCACGCUGAGAAUCGGAGAAACUGGUCCCGCGCCUACUGCCCGCGACAUAAUACUCGAAGGAGGAAAUGGUGAACAAAUCACACAACCGAUUUUUGGACAAGACAAUCGUUCACCUACCGUGAUGCCGCAAGAAUAUACUUUCAAAUUGCACGAGCAUCCUAGCUACGGAUGGGAGCCACGUCUAUCAUCUAGAGCUUUCAUGUCCAUUUUAUCGAAUUUAACAGCCAUAAAAAUUCGUGGAACCUAUACCCAUCAAGGUAGAGGAUUUUUGGACGACGUUAAGUUGGAGACAGCUCAUCGUGGAGCUGCGGGUGAACCUGCCGAUUGGGUGGAGCACUGUCAAUGUCCAAAUGGCUACGUGGGUCAGUUUUGCGAAUCGUGCGCACCUGAGUUCCAUCAUGACCCACCAAAUGGUGGUCCCUUCGCCCUUUGUGUCCCCUGCAACUGUAAUGGCCACGCAGAUAUUUGUGAAGCCGAAACUGGUCAGUGCAUUUGCCAACAUAACACGGCUGGCAGCAAUUGCGAAUUGUGUAAACGUGGAUAUUAUGGCCACCCACUGAAAGGUACACCCGACGAUUGUAAACCGUGUCCUUGUCCUGACAAUGGACCCUGUAUAUUACUUGGCAAUAAACCGGAUCCGAUUUGUUCCGAGUGCCCGUCGGGUAGAACAGGGCCUAAAUGCGAAACAUGCUCGGAUGGAUAUUUUGGAAAUCCCGAGAAGGGCAUUGCUUGUCGAUUUUGCGAGUGUAACAAUAACGUUGACUUAAAUGCCGUUCGAAACUGCAAUCACGAAACUGGCGAAUGUCUAAAAUGUGUGAACAACACCGCCGGUUUUCAUUGCGAGGAAUGCCUUUCAGGAUAUUAUGGAGACGCCUUGUCCGAUCGUAAAGAAGACGGUUGCAAAUUGUGUCAAUGUUAUCCACCGGGCACUCUUGAACUCGAUGAUGGCAGAGUAGCGCCUUGCGAGCAAUUGACAGGCCAUUGCAGAUGCAAGCCUCAUGUAAUUGGUCGCAACUGCGAUAAAUGUGAAGAAGGAUAUUAUCACAUACUGAGUGGCGAGGGAUGUGCGCCUUGUAAUUGUGAUCCCGAAGGAUCUUACAAUCGUACUUGCAAUCCUAUUAACGGUCAGUGUGAAUGUAGACCAGGUGUCACUGGUCAACGUUGUGAUGCGUGUCUUCCUUAUCGAUAUGGAUUCAGCAGAGAAGGUUGCAAGCAAUGUGAUUGCGAUAAUAUCGGUUCACAAGAUCUCCAGUGUGAUGCUAGUGGGCAGUGUCCGUGUCUCACAAACGUGGAAGGAAGACGUUGCGAUCGUUGCAAGGAAAACAAACAUAACAGACAAAAUGGAUGCGUAGAUUGUCCAGAUUGUUACAAUCUUGUACAAGAUGCAGUUAACAGUCACAGGGAACGUUUGGCUGAACUAGAAAACACGCUCAGAAAGAUUAACAAUAGUCCAACCGUUAUAAAAGACUCCGACUUCGACAAGGAACUACAAAACGUUCAAGAUAGAGUGAAGAAUCUUUUGAGGAUUGCGAAACAAGGGUCUGGCAGUGAAAAUAAAACCCUGGUGGAACAACUCGAUGAACUACGCGAUCAGUUGAAUGAAAUUGGACAAAUCUCGCAAACGGUAGACUUGACAGCGUCUGAUGCGUACAAAACUACUUCCGAGGGUAUGAUGAGCAUCGACGAAGCAGAAAAAGUACUCGACAAGAUACACGAUCAGUUAACUGAGGCAGAAGAUUAUUUAGCAACAGUUGGGGCAACGGCAUUAAUCGACGCGAAAUCACGAGCGGAUCAAGUUGGUCAACAAAACAAACAGAUGACUUCAAUCGCACAAAAAGCACGUGCAUCAGCUGACAUAAAUGUUGACGAAGCUAAGAAGAUUCACGAACUGGCAGAACAAGCACGAAAUACGACGAUAGAAGCCUAUAAUCUUGCCAAGGCAGCUAUUGCGAAAAGUACUAAUUUAACCGAAGAUAUCAGAGGAUUGAAGAAUAAAUUGGAACAAUUGGAGCAUCGCAUGAACGAGGUGAAAAAUCUUACCAGCAUAGCGGCUACUAAAUCGUCCGCUGUUUGGCAGGAAGCGUUAGAUCUAUUAAUUCUAGAUUUGACGCUUCCCGCUGUUGACAUCAAGCAGUUGCAAAGUCAAGUUGCAGAGGUCAAUAAUGAGGGAUUGCAAUUAAAAGAGCAAGCACAAUUGUUAUUAGAUCGACAUGAAAACCUUAUAAAUGAAAUGUUAGAAAAGGUAAAUAAAAGCGAAGUAUUGAUAGAUAGAGCGCAGGAUCAACAGGCAGCUACUGCUGAACUUUUAGCAGAAUUGGAUGGAGCGAAUGAGAGAGCAAACGAUGCUGUAAAGCGAGGCGAUCAAACUUUGAAGGAAGCUCAGGAGACGUUGAAAAAAUUAAGCGAGUUUGAUGCUGAGGUACAACGUGAACGUAUUAAAGCUCAAAAUGCUUUACAAGGUAUAAGAGAUAUUCAGAAAUUUAUUGACAGUGCGAGGGAGCAAGCUAUGGAAGCGGAAGAAGUAUUGACCGGGUCGGAAGAUUACGCCAAAUAUUCUCGUGAAAUAGCACAGAAUGCUCAGGCAUACGCAGAGGAAGCUAGUGCAAACGCAAAUGCUAUUAGAACUGAAGCAAACAAGAUUAAAGAGGAAGCACUUCGUGUAGGAAACGAAGCUGAAAUAUUACAUCUGAGAGUUGACACCACGGAUUCCAUGAUGGGAAAAUAUGAAAUUCAAAUUGGUCAGGAUACAAACAUCACAACGGAAGCAAAUCAUAAAGUCGGCCAAGCUAUAAUCAACGUAACUUUAGCAUCGCAACAAGUGGACAAAGCUCUAGCUGACGUUGCUGAUAUAUUAAAAGAACUUGACAGUCUGCCGGAAAUAGAUGAUGCUGACUUAAACCGUUUGGAAGAACGUCUAGUGGCUGCUGAAAAGGAGAUUGCAGGUGCAAAUCUAGAUCAAAGAAUUCGAUCGUUAACGGAAGCUAAGAACUUGCAAACGCAAUGGGUAAAGAAUUACGAAGAUGAGGUUAGCAGAUUACGAAUCGAAGUCCAAAAUAUCGGUGACAUAAGGAAAGUUUUACCUGUCGAAUGUCACAAUCGUUUACGAUUGGAACCAUAAAUACAAACUAUAUCGUAAACUAUAUGAUACUUAAAAGUGCGAUCGUUCCAUUUUUUUUUUCUUUCAUAUCACUAGAAGUGCCUUAUGUGCAUUUAAAAAACAAGAAGUGGACCAAGGAAGAUACUAAAUGUAUGAAUUAUGUUUUAAUAUAGUAACACACAAAUCGAUCAAAUUUCUGUCUAAAAACCAAAAUGGUGCACUGUAUAUUACAGUUAUAUGCUCCUAAAUCAUAAACAAAUAUUUUCACUUGAACUACAAAAUUAGAAUAAAAUUUUAUAGAAUUUAAUGUCACAUUAAGGAAUCGUUAGGCGAGCAAGAUGAUAAUAUUAUUUUUGCACUUAUACUUAGAUUAUCUUAUUUAACGAAUCAUUUAGAAAUGUUUAUGCAUUUACUCUUAAAGAUUAAUUUCAUUCGCGUACUCAUACAAGUGAUUACAAUAACGAACACUAUACCAAAGAUUUUAUAUAGUAGACAUAUUUUCCCUCUGUUGUCAUUACCAGGUCAUAUGCAUUUUCAGUUCGUUUAACAUCUUUGUAACACAAUUUCUUUGUACUCGUGUACAAAUGUGUAUAUAGUAUCUAUAUACAUUCAUUUUAUUGUAACUGUCAUGUCUUUUAAGUCUUUUUUGUAAGUUCUAUAAGAGCUUCCAGAGUUCCUCCGACGAAAAGGCAAGUGUUUUAAUUUCCAAUGUACAAAAUUGAAUGUAUUACAUUGUGUGACUUAUUUAUAUGCUUGUAAGAGCAGAAUAAUGCAUUACUUUUUCGUCGAUGUUAUAUUAAACCUCGAAAAAGAACCAUUUGAGUAAUCUAAAGGAGAACAAUAGAAGCCUAAAUAUAUUUUACAAUAUAUAUCACCAUCAAACUUUUUUAUGUAUAACACUUUUAUAAAAUAUUGUUAUAUAUCUAAUACGAAUAAAAAAUUAACAAUCGAACGAUA